AUGAAAUUUACUUCAACGGGUGAAGUCGUACCAGUUGAUAUAAACCUAUCCAAACGAAGAUACCUUGGAGCAAGAGAGUUCUCGCUUAGCUUAUGGGAGAGACAUAUUAUUGCAGAAAAAGAAAGAGUAAAGGUGCUGAAACGUGACUUGAAAAUUUUGGAUGACUGGCUGAAGAGCAUAUCUACUCCUAUGACAGAGAUCUUAGAAGCCAAGGAAGAUACUCCUACAGAGUGGAAAGAGAAGGAACAAAGCUUUCGCCGGAGAACACGCCGAGUUCACGGAAAGAUGGAAUCUGCUAGGCAAAAACUUGUUAAAAGCUUACACAUUGAAAAUGAUGAAGCCAUUACUCAUGUCUUGUCUCCAAAAGAAUGCCCUGGACGUGUGCCUCCAAAGAAAAAAAAAUAUAUUGAAGCUACAUCCAGUGAAGGAGCAAAAAGGGAUGUAAACAAAGCAGAUCAACUGGAGACGUCUGUUACAUUGGUGCCUGACAACAUAGAAGCGGGAAAUAGUGAAAACGACGCACCUCAACCUCAGUUAUCUAUUCCAUUAGCAGCAGAAAAUGCUGAUGAAUCUCAGAUACCUUCUCCUUGACGCCUGAUACGAAACUAACUGUUCAAAACUAGAUGGGAAAUGAAACAGCUGAAAAAAAAAAGUUGCUGAUGAUUACGAAAUUGAAGAAAACCAGAGUCACUCUAAAUAGAAUACAUAAAUGACUAAAUACAAUACUAAGAAUGCAUGAAUGCAGUCUAAAUUACCUUUUAAGUAAUUUAGACUACAAUAAUGCAUUAUCAGUAGGUCAGUGAUACAAAAUAAAGCCUGCAAAUAAAA